UUUCUAUAAAAAUCUUCAGACUACAAAAAUCCACCUAGGAUAAAGAGAGAUAAUAAAUAUUAUUUUUCUUAUCAAAACCAUUACAAAAAUAAAAGAGAUAUAGAUCUUCUCUAGUUAUACUCUCUACUCAGAAUCUUAUCCAGUUUUUUUUUUUUUUUUUUUUGAUAUUUGAAACAGAGAGUAUUCCAACAAUGAACUCAUCAUUCUCUGCUUUCUCUGAAAUGUUUGGCUCCGAUUACGAGUCUCCGACUUCAUCAGGCGGAGAUUAUUGUCCGACGCUUGCGACGAGCUGUCCCAAGAAACCAGCGGGUCGGAAGAAGUUUCGUGAGACUCGUCACCCGGUUUAUAGAGGAGUUCGUCAAAGAAACUCAGGUAAGUGGGUGUCUGAGUUGAGAGAGCCAAACAAGAAAACUAGGAUUUGGCUAGGAACUUUCCAAACAGCCGAGAUGGCAGCUCGUGCUCACGACGUCGCCGCUAUAACCCUCCGAGGCAGGUCAGCUUGUCUCAAUUUCGCUGACUCGGCUUGGCGGCUACGAAUCCCGGAGUCAACAUCAGCCAAGGAAAUCCAGAAGGCGGCUGCUGAAGCUGCGUUGGCUUUUCAAGAUGAGAUGUGUGAUACGACUACGCCGACUGAUCAUGGCUUUGACAUGGAGGAGACAGUGGUGGAAGCUAUUGUAGCGCCGGAACAGAGCGAUGUGUAUUAUAUGGACGAUGAGGACAUGUUCGGGAUGCCUCGUUUGUUGGCUAAUAUGGCCGAAGGGAUGCUUUUACCUCCGCCGUCCGUACAAUGGAAUCAAAAUUAUGUUGUCGACGGCGAUGAUGACUUGUUGUCGCUAUGGAGUUAUUAAAAUUUUAUUAUUUUUCAAUUAUUUUGUUUUUGUUCCAUUUUUGGUAUUAUAUUUUAGAUCCUUUUAUAGAACGGAUCUUUGUUUUUGUGGCUAGUGUGAAAAACGAAUGUAAAUGAUUCAGUAUGUUUUCAAAUGAAAGUGUUUUUGAGUGCAGUAUAUAA